AUGAUCGUAGAAACACUAGGCUUCGAUCCAACAGCAGUUGCGUUUUCAAACUAUCGUAGCAGUAUUCUUUUGCAAGAACGGAAUACCUUGUAUCUAUUGGUACAUCGUUCAUCUAAAGUGGAUCUGAACUUUGAUUAUCAAGCAGCAGAAGGCGAAGAACCUGGAGCAAAAGUUUUUGCUACCGCACCUCCAUCCAAGUUUCGUAUCCUAUGGUCCUCCCGGUUGACGCAUUUUGAGAUUGAUGCUUUGGACAUGGAUACGCACAUUUAUCUUGAUCGAUUGCUGCUAUGUUAUGGGGACAAGAUGUACAAGGGAGACUCUCACAUAGCAAGCUUCAGCACCAAUAGUAAUAAAAGGACAAAAGUAGCCUUGUCAGCUACGGUGCUCAUCCGUACAGUACGAUAA